ACGUGGUUGGACGGAGGCCGCAACUGACAUGCGCCGACACUUCAUCACGUGACAGUUUUAGCACCUACGUCACGUGACAUGGACGACGCCGUUCACUGGAACACGUCAUCUUGAGGGCUAGUGUUUCUUUCUGUUUUCUCUGGCAGGUCUCCUCUCAGGGCCGUGACUGGAGAUCCAGAGGAAAUGGAUGGAUUUCAGGUGAAUUUAACAGAAGCAGUGUGUCUUGGGGCCAGCCUUGCCCUCUCAGGCAUCUGCUACUAUGUGUACAGGAAGAGCCGGACGACAGUAGAAGAUCUUGAUAAAGCUCCACACUUCACCAUAGACAGAAGACUUAAAGACAUUUUGAAAGUGACUCCAGGAGCAUCUCUACAGUAUGCUGUCGUUGAAGGAGUUGUUAAACCAGAGGGCGAGCCUCUGAAAAGUGACUUCCACAAAGAAAUUUCCGGCGUGUUACAGAAAUUUUUACUGAGAGAACACAGGCUGGUGUGGAACGGCUUUUCACGCAGAUGGACAGACGAUGAACGAGUCUUGCAUGAAAGAGUGAACACGACGCCCUUUUUUUUAGUGGGAUCGGAUGAAACUGCAGUCAGAGUCCUGUGCCCUCUGCAGGCCUCUGGAAGGCACAUGGAGGUCAUCUACGAGAGGUUUCACCAGGUCAAUUAUGGUUUGAGUGACCUUGUGGGACAAUACCUCAGUGGGCAGAAGCCUAAAGGCCAACUGGAGAUCGAAGAAAUACUCAAAGUGGGAACAACCCUUACAGGUGUAGGUGAGUUGAUAGUGGACACAGACGGCACCUUGAAUCUUCGACCUCCUUCUGAUGGUUCAGAGUAUUUCUUGAGCUUGGGAGACUUUGACACCCUGCGAGGAGAGAAAGAGAGCGAGGCUGUUUGCUGGAAGACACUGGCUGUUGCUUUUGCUUUGGCAGGCACCGCGGUCCUCGUCUGGGUCGGCUUACGCUACUACCGCUGUCUACAAGUUCGCAGGGAGCUGGAGAAGGAAAGAAGGGAGUUUGAGAGACUUCAGACUGAAGCCCCGAGACUGCCUGUCACUGUGGGUCCUGAAGCCGAAGGUGACAAUCACAUGGACAAUAUCUGCGUGAUCUGCCUCACUCAGCCACGUAACUGUAUUCUGUUGGAUUGCGGCCACGUAUGCUGCUGCUACACCUGCUACCAGGCCUUGCCACAAUGUAGAUGUCCCAUUUGCAGACAGAGGAUCAACAGAGUGGUGCCAAUCUAUCACACCUGAGGCACCUGUAUGACUAUGUGACCGUAGGACCUCAGUGGACUUUCAAACUGUACCAGCGUUACACCUCAGAAGUCUAAACCGCUGCACUAAAUAUCUUGGAAGUAAGUGUGAGUUAAAGGGAUAUUGGGCAAACAUUUUGUUGAUUACAGAGGUUCAGUGAACUACUUUUAAAUUGAAAUUUGAAAUUGUAUAUGAGAAGUGCAGGAAAAUAAGCGCUUGAUGAAAAUUAGCAAAUUAUUUCAAUACAGAUGUUUAUUUUUCCUAAAUGCUGGUUUUGUGCCUUAGUCUUACAAAUUAUACUGAUUCCUGCAGUCUCAGAGUGAGUGAUUGUACUGUAUUUAUGUAAGGUUUUGUUUCAGUUACAUGUUUAAGUUACGGAAACAAAAACACACCUAGUGCCAGUUUCAGUGUGAAUGUGUCAUUAAUGCACUACAAAAAUGUGACAACUCAGUAAAUUAUCACUCUUUAAAGUAGUAUCUGUUGUGUUUGUCACUGACUGUCAAACAUCCAUGUCCAGGUGUGUUUACAGGUAUUUAGGAGUCUGACCACAUGCUCCAUUUGAAGACAUGUUAAUGCAAAAAAUGUUGAAUAAAGCCUUUUGUGGCUCCUGAGCGAGCUAAAACAAA